AUGGCCACCUCGCAGCAGACAGACCGGCGGCAGCAGCAGUCCGAUGCCCUGCCCGUCCGCAUCCAAAUCAUGUCAGACCUCCACCUCGAGACCCCCCGCUUCCUACCCAUGUACGACUCCUUCACCAUCUCGCCGCACGCGCCGCACCUCGCCCUCCUCGGGGACGUUGGCAACGCGCACGACCCGCGCCUCUACGCCUUUCUCGAGACCCAGCUGCGGCAGUUUGAGAUUGUGUUUUACGUGCUUGGCAACCAUGAGCCGUACCAGCUUGAUUAUGAUGAUCACAGCACGGCGCUGCGAGCGUACGGGGAUGAUGAUGACCCGCUGCCGGAGCAAGAGCAAGAGCAGCAGAUGCAGCCGCGGGGUUACGAGGACGCCGUGCGGGCGAUGCGCCGCUUCGAGGACGCGGUCGAGGAGAAGAGGCGCGGAGAGGCAGCGCGCCAUGGAAAUGAACAGCCUUCGACAGGACGAUUCGUGUUCAUGGACCGCAGGCGGUUCGACAUCUCAGACCAUGUCACCAUCCUGGGCUGCACCCUCUUCUCACACAUCACGCCCGAGCAACACCCCACAGCCUCCCUCUUCGUCUCCGACUUUUCCUCCAUCCCUUCUUGGACCGUCGACGCGCACAAUGCGUGCCACGCGCGCGACGUCGCCUGGCUGAACGACCAAGUCCGCGCUCUGUCUGCCUCCCCGCCGCCGCCGGUGGCCCAAGGAGCGCAGCAAAAGCAACAGCCGCAGCAACAACAGCAACGACGGGAACAGAAACAGCGCCGCCGCAUCCUCAUCCUCACGCACCACAGCCCCACGAGCGACCCCCGCGCCAACGACCCCGAGCACCUCGACGACCCGCGCGGCGUGCAGAGCGCCUUCGUGACGGACCUGCGCGGCGAGCCGUGCUGGCGGAGCGGGGGCGCCGUCGUCGCGUGGGCGUUUGGCCACACGCACUUUAACUGCGACUUUUUUGCUGUGAACGACGACGACGGCGGCGAUGAGGAUGGGGCGUCGAACGGGAAGCGCGUCGUGGCGAACCAGAGGGGGUAUGGUCGGGAGGACGCAUAUGACUUUGAUGCGGGCAAGGUGAUUGAGAUAUAA